ACCAAAUUCAAAAUGGCGGUCACCUAAAUGGUGUUCCUUUUUUGUGUCGUUACCCGCAACUAAGAUCUUGAUAGACGAGAAAUAAGAGAAUGGAAGUCGGCUCACGUGUAGUCCGUGGUCCGGACUGGAUGUGGGGAGACCAGGAUGGAGGAGAAGGAAAUGUUGGAACGGUGGUACAACAUGGUCAAGAUAGAAACCUUCCCGAUGGAACUGUUUUAGUUCAUUGGGAUUCUGGAAGACAAGCUAACUACCGCGCUGGACAUUCGGGAAAGUUUGAUCUUCGGGUUUUGGACUGUGCUCAAGCAGGCAAGUAUAUUAUUCACUUUCGAUUUGGUCACAAAUUUUUCCCUUAAGAACAAGAGUGUUCCAAUCUGUUUCACGCCACUUUCAAUUUUAACACGCGAUUACGAGGUUAAGACUAUAAAUAUGUUUACGUUCUGUAUCACGGAAUCUUUUACCCUGACUCUGUUGGUGCCAAUUUGGAUUUUAUUAUUUCUUCCCAACAACGUAACGAUAAAAAACUUAACUUACGUCCGCAAAACUCAAAGAUUUUGGAUUCUAAAUGGAAUUUGCAUAUUGACGAUGCUGGUGAUUAGCUGGUUGACACGGGUUGAUGAAACCCACAGUCAAGUAGCUAUGACUGUUUUCUUAGUUGCAAUGUAAGGUUCUCGCUGCCCUUGUGAGCUCGAAAUUAGUACUAAUGAUGAGCAUAUAUAUCUGAUCCCAUUUUAAAUCAAUCUCCGUGAUCGAAGUCAAGUUCAUGCAGUGGAUAGAAGUCAUGUAAACCAUGCAGUUUGUUGAUCGUUUUUGUCAAAGUGUUUAUAAGGAAUUGCCUGAGUUUAGUAAUACCUUUUCGAUAUGCAACUAUAUCAGAAGACAGACGUUUGAAGACACAAAAUACUGUAUUUUAGUACUGUAAACUAAGAUAUUUCUGAGUAAGCCUCUUUUUGUCUUUGAGGGCACAACAACACGCAAGGCGGAAGUACACAUCCGGGAUUUAGCAACUUGGUGAUGUUUACAGUCAUAAGAAGAAAAUUCAGCGAUCAACAAGAAUAUGCAUUUUUCUGAUCAUUUAUUUCUUACCCAUAUAAAUUUGCAGUCAUUGUUUCUAAAGCAUUUAUAAUUUUCUCUUUUUUGGGUUUUCCUCAUAUUAGGGAAAGUUCAUUUAAUAUGACAAGGGGGAUGAAGAUAUUGAGGGGGGCUCUGAAAAUUUUUAGACACCCGAAGGGGGGGCUCUGAAAAAAUUGUUGCACUAGGAGGGGGGGCUCUGAAAAUUUGUAUACUUCAAAACCAACAGAUGACAUCAUCAUACAGAUCGGGUGGUUUUCAACUCAACAAUUUAAUGACCUGUGCAACUCAGCUAUAUCACGUGGUUUACAGAUAUAACAAAUGUAGUCUCAGUAAUUAUUACACUCUUGUUCAUCCCAAAAGUGCUUUAGAAAAUUGUAUCACAACUGUAUCUCAAGUUUGUCAUAGUAUAAACCAUUGAAGACAAUAACGGUAAAUAUGUCUAGCGAUCUUUUUUCAGGGGAGCAAAGGAAUUGAAGGAGGAGGGGGGGGGCUCUGAAAUUUUUUCGACUACCAAGGAGGGGGCUCCUAAAAAAUUGAACCGCUAGCAAGGGGGGCUGCUAAAAUUUCAAGCUUCGAGUUUCAAUAUCUUCAUCCCCCCCCUUGUCAUAUUAAAUGAACUUUCCCUUACUUGAACUUUAAUUUCGUGAUUAAUGGGACUUGUGUAGGACAAAUUGAUUAUAUUAUUUUCACAAUUUAUGUGGUGUUUUAUGAUGGUGUAAGAUAAAAGUAAGAUUGUGUAUAAGGCACACAUGUGCCCCAUGCCUAGGAAGUAACUUUUCUGAAAUGCCUUAAUUCUUGGUGUUGCCCUAGGUGUGAAGCACACUCCUAUCAUAUGUGAUGGUUGUAAGCAGUCUCCUCUUGCUGGAACAAGGUGGAAAUGUGCAGACUGUCCAAACUAUAAUCUCUGUUCACCAUGCUUCAUGAAUGACAUGCAUAACAUGCAUCAUUCAUUCUUACGUUUUGACAUUUCGAGUGGAGAUGGGUAAGUACAACGUGCCUAAUGGGUUUAAUUUAGUCUCUUCUUUCCCCUCACUUGCGUCAAUUGGUUUGUGCUUGUUCCUGUAACAGUUAAAAGGAACUGAGCUAGCAUAUAACUACAUAUAACAAUUUUUUCUACGAGCACAAGGAAAAGGUAAUCAUCAUCAUCAUUAAACAUGACUUGAAAUCAUGGAGGUACCUGUAAAAGCCCGUAAGAUAUGGAUCAGCUCACCAAAUGGACCGAUAGACGAUACUAAAGCUUAUGGGCUUUUACAGUGCAUAUACUUUAUUGACCACUUUGAUUUUGCACUUGAGACUCAGCCCUCUCUCCUCUGCAGAGGUCUCUUUGUGUUGUAGAGAGGCUAGGGAGAAAGAAAAAGAAAGCGUGCGGGGGUGCGCACUAUGGGAAGGGGAAAGAGAGGAGAGAGGCUCCCGUCUUUUCCCUCUUCCCGUUAUCCGUGGCUCACUUUUUAUUUGUCGAUUAUUGCUAUUUUAUUGGGAUACCCAGCAGGAGCCUUUUCGUAGGAGAGAGGACUCGCCUGGUAUUGGUGUUGUGCUGAAUAGUCCAAUAUGGACAGUUUUGUAAGAUGAAUUUAAUAAUACAGUUAACAUCCUCAAAAAAAAUAAUAUGGAGUGGAUUAGCCCUUUCACUGCCAGAGUGAAUGAUGGAGUCUUGUGAGGUGGUUCUCAACUUUUGAGUCUGUUAAUGAAAUCCUCUAGUGUGACCAUUCAAAUGAAACCUCUUCAGCAGUUCUUUCACAUGGUACUAUUUAUGUAGUAUGUAGUUCUAACUUUUGAGUCCGUGGAUGAAAUCCUAUGGUGUUACCAUUCAAAUGAAACCUCUUCAGCAGUUCUUUCAUAUGGUACUAUUUAUUUAGUAUGUAGUUCUAACUUUUGAGUCUGUGGAUGAAAUCCUAUGGUGUUACCAUUCAAGUGAACCCUCUUCAGCAGUACUUUCACGUGGUACUAUUUAUUUAGUAUGUAGUUCUAACUUUUGAGUCUGUGGAUGAAAUCCUAUGGUGUUGCCAUUCAAGUGAACCCUCUUCAGCAGUACUUUCACAUGGUACUAUUUAUUUAGUAUGUAGCUCUAACUCUUGAGUCUGUGAAUGAAAUCCUAUGAUGUUAGCAUUCAAAUGAAACCUCUUCAGCAUUGCUUUCUUAUGGUAUUAUUAAUUUCAAUUGUAGUUCUUCUACCUUUUGAAUUUCUGGAUGAAAUCCUAUGGUGUGACCUUUCAAAUGAAACCUCUUCAGCAGUGCUUUCAGUUGGUGCUAUUAGCUAUAAAGAUCGCCAAAAAAAUCAAAAACAAAGUCUUGGAGGUAAAUGAAAGAAAGAGCAAUUUUUUUUUUAAUAGUAAAGCCGCAUCAUCUCUUCCAGCCAGAGCACUUUCUCUGAACUGGUUCUUAUUUGCAUGGUGCUUAAUUCAUCAAAUUUCAGCCUGAGUUUCUUAGCCCUUUCACUGACUCCCAGAAGAGACCAAAGUCAUUUUAACAAAAAAUUCAAUUAUUUUAUUUUGUAAAAUGCAAAUAGCUUCUUGUGAAAGUACUGCCCAAGAGAUUUUCAUUUGAAUGAUCACACCACAAGCCUCAUUUCGUCCAUAGACUCAUAAGAUAGAACUACAUAUCAUGAGGAUUUUUCCAGAGGUAAGCACAGUUUCUAAAUCCACCCUCAGCACGCACAAGGUUCAAUCGACCAUCCGCCCCGUCCCCCAAAUCAUUUCUACGUGGGUGAAUGAUUUUAAAAAUUUUUGUUUCUCAUAUCACUGCUGAUGUGGGAAUUUAAGUGGAUCUUUGUUUUCUUAGAAUCCCAGUUGGAAAACGCCCGAACUUCACUAAGCAACAAUCAAGAGGUCUUUUUCCGGGUGCCCGAGUAACGCGUGGGCGAGAUUGGAAAUGGGGAGACCAAGAUGGUGGAGGCGGUCACGUUGGACAAUUAACAGAAAUAACUUCUUGGAAUGGAGUGGAGAGGGCAGGUGCCAAUGUUAUGUGGAGUCUGCUUAGCAGGAACACCUACAGAACAGGUCACAUGGGAGAGGUACGUUUUGGUAAAUUAAUGCCUUCGACUGGGUCUGGAAACGGUGAUCCUGAUUCUGCAUUCCCGAACAUUUUUGUUUUAUUUAUUUAUUUAUUUACAAUUUAGGUCUGUCCCUCGACACUGAACAUUUUAGACCGCUCUAAAAAGGAAAAACAAGUGUCUGAAAUGGCGUUUUUAAGCGCAAAAGUAAUUAUUAGAAGUGUUGAUAAAUGUUUGAAAUUGCAUUUUCAAAAGCAGCCAUUGAAUUGGACAAUGCUGUUUCCCUUGGGAGUUGAUUCCAUUUUGUAAUUGUCCUUGGGUAGAAGGAAUACUAGUGGUAAUCCCUAAUGGUUUUCGGCUUUUUCACGAGAAUUCCGAAUCCCAAACUUCUUUCGUCGCUAUCCCAAAUGUCAUUUUCUUUCCUUAUUCGCAGCCUUGCCUAAAUUUUGCGGAAUCUCGCUUUGCGGGCAGCAGUCAAAUCCUGUAUCCCGUCAGCGUUUUCCUGAAAACCGCACUGUCUUUUGGUUAAAUCCCGUAUCCCGUCAGCGUUUCCCGACUCCCGCACUGUAUUUUGGUCAAAUCCCGCAUCCCGUCAACGUUUUCCCGAAUCCCGCACUGUCUUUUGGUCAAAUCCCGGAUUCCGGGAUAUCCUUUGGCGUAAUACAUCAAACGCGAGUGGUGCAUCCCAUAUCCACAUACGGUUUAGGGUCAUCUUGCCACCAAACCAUCUCGUCACCAACGAAAUCGCCACCAAGACGUCUACUCGCCACCGCAUAAUAACUCUGUAAUAAUUGACACUUUACUCACCUGGGAUUGCAGGGGCCGAUCUAGGGGGAGGGUGCAGGGGGUUUGCACCCCCACUCCCCCAUAAGAUGACAGAAUGCGAAAUGCUAUUUUCAGCACUUGUCAUGAGAUAUGGCUCCGAAAAAUCGACCUCGAAUAUGAAAAUGGCAAACAAUUGCAAGUCGCUAUUAUCAAAAUAACUGAGUCUAAAGAAAACAAAUCCAUCCGAAGACUUGAUGUGUCCAGCUCAACAGGUCGGGGGGGGGGGGGGAAGGGGAGGCAGCUGCCUUCCUUGCUCCCCUGCUAGCUACGGCUCUGCAAAGGAUUUCUAAUCUGAUUAGUUUGCGCAAAAUUUUGAGACCCAAUUUCGUAUUCUCAGGUACUCUCCGGCUCUUCACAGUAUACGUAGUUAUUUCCUAUGUUUCAGUCUUAAAGCGUCUUUUGUAAGUUUGUAGAAGUAAUGAUAAGCUGCUCUGUUGACAUCUACACUGAAUGCUCUCCGCAGAACCGCGGUAUUUUUGUUAAGUAUUUUUUUUGAGUAUCCCCCUCGAGCCACUCUUUAACAUUUAGCGGAAACUUUCCGGCUGAUUUGGAACGUUGGUACUUGGACAUACUUUAGAAACAUUUCGUUAUAUACGUUUUCUUAAAUGUUUACUGUGUUUGUUAUUUUCUAAGGUGGACCUUAAAUGCUCAUCCUCUGCGAUUGGGCCGCCAUACUAUCGUGAAUGUUUGGCGAAACUCGGAGAAAAUAGACGGCGACUCGAUUCAAGUCGAUUGCGUGUCGGAGAUCGGGUAUCUGUGUGUCUGGAUGCUGAGGUGUUGAGAGCGAUGUCUGCUGGUCAUGGUGGCUGGGUUGAUGACAUGGCUAAAGUAAGAAUCACGAUUUAGUUAAGAAAACAGGUAGCCUCCCUCGCAGGUGUUUUUAGUGAGUGGAGCCACGAGCGGCCCUAAAAACGCCUGCGUGGGAGGCUAGAAGACAGGGGGAUCAGAAAACUGUACCGUGAAUGUUACUUUGUGAACUGUAAUAGGGUUAGAAUUGAAAUACUUGAAUGUAGGUUUUUACAUCUUGUCCGGCCUUAAUCUACGUCCACACGGCAAUAGACGAUAAUUUUCGACUGGUUUAAAAUUUGUGCGUUUAGGGGUUCCGUUCACACGGACAAAAAAUUUAUACGCUUAGCCGUUCAACCUGGCUCGUUAGGUCCGUGUGAACAGCGCGAAAAUAUUGAACGAUUCCGCGUGAGCAAUGUGUCCGCGCAAAUUUUCCAGCGGCCGGUUGAAAACGCGUCCUUUGUCGUGUGAAGUUAGCUUUGCGGUCUGAUAGUGAAACUGGAACACGAAAAUAGCAGUAUAACUCGAAUUUUUGAGUCUAAGUACAAAAUCUUAAAUUUUGACCAAUGAAAUGAAAGCUACUGAGCAGUACUUUCCGCCGGUACUGUUUAUUAUGCUGUACAAGGUGGUUGUAACUUUUGAGUCUGAAUUAUCUUCUAACGCGUGACCAUUGAAACGAACUGAGCUACCGAGAAGUACUUUCCUCAGCUGUGGCACUGUUAAUUGAAAUGUGAUAUAUACUAAAUGCUGUACAAGAUGAUUCUAACUAUUGAUUCUGUGGUUUAUGCUGUACGUAGGAAAACGUUUUCACCAGCUUUCUCAUCUUUAUAGUGCAUAGGCAAAGUUGGCAAAAUAUCUAAAAUUGACGCCGAUGGCGAUGUUCACGUUAGCUAUGGACUACUAAGUUGGGUUUUCCAUCCACAAGCCGUAACUAAGGUAUGUAUCGAAUGUCCGUUAUCUCGCCUAUUGCCGUGGUGCUUAUCUUGCUCUCAUUUGAGUGCAGACUUUCUCUUGCUAAGGAUCAAAAGAACGCUGGAUUUCCUGGGCGUCUUUCUGGUCUGGUCUUUGAUCCUCUCCCGACCCCUUUGGUUGAGUAACGAACACAUCUUGACCUCUAACUAGCUUUUCCAGUGCCUUUCUCUGAUCUUAAAAAUUUUAGAGUUUAAAGGAUUCUAAAACUCGAUCGGAAGCCAAAUGGGGGGACCUCUCUAUUCUGAAAUGAUAAAAUUAUGCGGAAAAUUGUUGCCAGACGAAACUCUGCAGGCGGUACUUAUGUAACCUGAUUGGCUGAAAUCCGUAAAGGAAAUCAUACUAUUCCAGCUGCUCUUUCUGUAGGAUGAGUGCGGGCUCAUUUUCCUGAACAGCGGCUGGUAAUCGAGCCCAAAUCAAGAGGUUGUUAAGCAACUGAACGCCAGUGUGAUUAGUACGUCUAUUGUGCGAACACGCUUUUGGUAUUUCGACUCCACAGGUGCCCAGUUUUCAGGCAGGAGAUAAAGUCCGAAUUUUAAGCGACAAACAACUUGUACAAAAUCUACAACAGGGCCAUGGUGGUUGGAAUGAGAAAAUGACGACGGUGAGUCUUGGGUCGUACGGCGGCUAUGAUACAUCACUCUUUCUUUGUUACUCAAUUAUGUCAAGGCAAGGUUCUUCCGUCAACCUUGCAGCCUAAUACGCGAAACGUGCAAAUAAUAGAACCGAAAGAUAAGUUUAAAGUUAGGCCCGCGGAAGAACCUAAACUCACGAUAUGACAUCCGAAACAAAUCUACCGUUGGUAGAUUGACUGAGCUACGUGGCCAGACGGAAUCAUGUCGUGGGUGAUUGAGAUGGUAAGUCUCGCCCAAGAACAAGAGUGAAGGUUUAGGAUACAUUAAAAUAUUGUGCCGCGGAGCAACAUACCAAACGAGUAGUUAGUUUGUGUGCUCUUGGAGGUAGAGUUUUCAGUUUUGUCGAGGGUAUUUGUCAUUUGUCUCCGAUCACCUUAAGUCACACGACAUUGGCACUUGUUGUGUCUUAAGUAAACGUACCUUACAGGACAGCAGAUAAAAAGCGGAAAAGGCAGCUUAAACCUCUAACGUAAAUCACGCACCGGUAACAUGGAACACUGAGUACAAUUCGCUGAUGGCGUUGUUGCUUUUUCUAACAUCUUUUGUUUACGCUGAAAAAGGAUAUCAGAAUUGUACUUUAUUUGCUAAGUUUCAAGUUCUGAAUUGUAGACCUUUUCCCACAAAAAAAUUAUGGCACAUGGGUGCUCGUCUUUAAAAUAACAAUCAGAACCAUAUGCUGACUAAGUUUCGUAACUUACUAGGCUUUAGGAAAAGAGGGAAGGAUCUUAGAAGUGGAUUCUGAUGGCGAUGCUGUGGUUUUGGUUGAUUCGGAUUUGUGGUUGUUGAACCCAGCUGCAUUAGAAGAUAUGUCGGAAGGCGGUGAAGCUACAUCAAGACGAGGCGAUACUUCCCCCACUAGUCCAGGUAACUGCGUGACAACUGAACUCUUCUGGUUCAGUUUGUAUAAACGCAACUUCAGUCCUUACAGCUACUGUCUCAUGUUUAGCACUGUCAGUCUCUUUACGUAACCACUAGAUGACGUUUCAUCUUAUGUGAUUGGCCCCUGUGCUAUUUUGGGACCAAAUUUUGAACGAGGAUUAACAAUGUCGUGCAACGCUGACCGGAUGUUAUCUCCUGGAAUGUUUGCAAACAUGCUAUCUCCGCCCCAUCCUCGGAGACCCAGGGGCAGAUAGUGGGGGCGAGGGAAAGUCUAAACGGGCGGAAAAAUGUGGCACGAAGAAAAGUAAAGAACGGCGAGAAAAACCCCUGGGGACAAUGUCUUACCAGACCAAUUUCAAACGGUCGCCGCCGUUCUGCCUUCUGAUUGGGCAGAAAAACACAAAAAAGUUUUCUGGCCCCAGUCAGAAGUCACAACGACGGCGACCGUUUGGAACUGGUCUGGUAAGACAUUGUCCCCAGGGGCUCUUCUCGCCGUUCUUUACUUUUCUUCGUGCCAUAUUUUUGCGCCCGUUUAGACUUUCUUUCGCCCCCACUAUCUGCCCUGGGUCUCCGAGGAUGUCCCCGCUCUUCCCUUAACUUGUUUAGGCGAGUUGUGCCUUUCUGGUAUAUCAGUCUAUGUCAAUCUGGAACAAUGCGAUCACUGUUUAUCUUAACCUGGCUGCGUAAUUGACUACUCUGAGUGAUUACUGUGAACCCCCUUCCACAGUUGACCGAGCAACGGAUCUCUUAAGGAUGCUUCUUCUUGAAGCUGUUACAUCCAAAGGAGGCAGUGUCGAUCCGGGAGACAGAUUGGUAAAUGCUUCAUCCAAUGGUAACCUUCAGGAGGUCCGUGAAAUUCUUGAAGCACAUCCUGGCAAGGUAUUCUUCUGCGUCUAACAGGGAGCUUAAGCAACGACGACGGCGACGUCAACGAGAACGACAAAAAAAGUAAUAGGUUUAGAUCGGCAAAACAACAACUAAUUUGCCCGUGCAUCACGCUUUUUUGUACAUUUCUUAACCGCCGUCGCACGACUACAACGUGAAAGUGUCUAAAAUGACAUUUUGUCGACCACGGGAACACAAGACAACAAGUUUCUUAUUCUUUUCCAGAACUUUGAUACAGUCCUUUAGAAUUCAACGCCAAAAAAAAUUGCCAACAUUUGACGAAUUAAACAAGAUGGAAUAAGCGCGAUAAAGUUUGAGGCAGCGCGAAUUCACUUUUAAAGUGACGUUUUCAUCGCCGUCGCCGUCGUCGAUGCUUAAAAAAUUACUCCACUUCCUUUACAGCGGUUUUCAAUCAAAAUUGGAUCUAGCCAAUUAAAGUAGACUCGGUCAUUCAUUGAGCCAAUCAAAACUCAAAGCAGAUUCUUAAAGCCGCUGAAUUCGCGGGAAAACGUGUGUACGCAAGUUGCGAACGGCUUGAUUCAUUUCUGAUUGGUCAAGAACACGUAAAAAUGCAAAAACAACUCAGUCUCGAUAUAUAUUUUUUUCAAUAGGUAAUAAAAAAGUACCUUUCAGUUACCUACCCUUUAAAUUACUAAAUGGCGCUAUUGAUUAAUCACAGUUAGCUGGCAGAUAUUGACAAGAAGUGAUUAGUCGAUUUUCAUCACAUUAUAUGUUAUUAUUUACUUUUAUCCAUAUUUUGUUCGUGUUUUUUAGAUCGAUCAUAAAAGAGGAGGCAAGACAGCUCUUCAUGUGGCCUGUCAUCAAGGACGGAAAGAAAUUGUACAGUACCUUUUAGGUAAAGGAGCUGACAAGGACAUCAAGGUUUGUAUGUUUGCAGUGGUUUUGUUCAUUUGUCUCCAGUCCUGUGUAAAUUCGACCAAUUGCGCCCCCGUUCGGGUGAAUUCUCUUGACAUUUGCAAAGAUAAAUGAAAUUUUAUCGAACUGUCGUCUUCAUCCUGUCUCAUCGGGGCCAUGGUCUUGGAAAAAAAGUAAGUGUUUUGCUAUUGAAAAGUUUAUCAUCAUAAUCAUUAUCAAUAUAAUUUUUAUUACCACUUUCAUUAUCUUUAUUAUUAUUAUUAUUAUUACUAUUAUUAUUAUUAUUAUUAUUGCUGUAAACAGGCCCUGACUAUUUUAGUUAUCUUACAUUUUUUGUGGAUUAUUAGGAUGAACAAGAUUACUCUGCGUUGCACCAUGCCGCUUAUGGGUGAGUUAAAAAAAGCGUUUCUUAUAAUGCGACGUGCCUACAGUAAGCCUACGAAAAGAAAUCGUAACGUGCAUUUUAAGUUCUACAUGAGUGAUAAUUAAUUUUACGAUUUUCGCACAUCCUAUAAAUCUCAAAAGGUUUCAUGAUGUUUUAUGGUUUUUCCUGUCUAAAAAUGUGUGUGUUUCCGGUAACAAUUUUUUAGCGGAGCUCCCGCGCGCGCGCAGCGGAGCACCAUGGGUAAGAAAAUUUGGUAAACUAUCCAUCCCAGAAAAUUUGGUUAUGACGUAGCGUACGCCCGUCCGUACACACACUUCAUGUAAGCCGAUGUCAAAUGUCACAAUAGAUCUUGCACAACUUGACUAGAAUCUUAGUUAUGUAAGCCAUCCGUAUGAGUACGAUUAGAUUGACAGCUGUCAAAAUCAGACAUCCGCUGACAAUUAUCACAUGACCGUCUCGCGGGCUCAGAUAAAAGACCAGUCGUUUUGCCCCUAUAUAUAAGCUGAUAUAAUAUGUCACACUUACCAAUUCAACAUAAAAACGAAACUACGCUGGGCAAGGCUGUCAGUUGGCUGACAGUCCUUUAAAGUUACAUUGGCAGGCCAAAUUAAGGUCAGUUGACAGCUGUCAAAAUGGGACAUGUGCAGACCACUAUCAGAAAACUAAUAACGAGGGCUCACGUUCGCUCAGGUACACGAUCUGGCAUUUUCCACUACAUGCCGGACGGAAAUGUCCUACUCACGCUCGUAGUCUGGUAAUUCGAAUAUUCCCCAUUCUAAUGAAGGUUAAUUGACAGCUGUCAAACUAGAGUAUACGCUGACCAUCAUCACCUGAGUGGAUCGCGGGCUCAUUUUUCUAUCUAUUGAGGUCACGUAGUGUUUAAAGUUUUGCGCUGAUAUUUUAUUUGAUCACGGGCUCAAUUCGAAGCCCCAUAGCUUUAUAGAAAAUCUAUCCAUCCUAGAAAAUUCGGCAAUCACGUGACCGUACGCCGACCACCCGACCUUCCGUCCUUCCGCACCACAGGCAUACCAAUGUUUAAUCUCACACUUUCUAGCUACAGUUUGGGAGCCUGCAACCUGAUAUUGUACAUCCAUGUUUUGAUUAAUUGACAGCUGUCAAAACAGUGUUUCUGCUGACCAGUAUCGCCUGACCGUAUCGCGGGCUCAGGUAUCGACCCUCUGAGUUCGAUUAAUAUUUAGAAGGUAUUCGCUGACAAGUUGCUACUUUUCAAAUGAUCGCAGGCUCAAGUUCAAUUUUUUUUAAAUGCAUAUGAAAUAAGUCGUGUUUCAUGAGCCGCGCUUUUAAAAUGUUGAUUUCGAACUGAUCUCGGACACGAAAAUUCAACCGGCUUUUACAUUUACAUGCAGGGAAGGCAAUCGCUUUUGACUUUUCUCACUGUCACGCGUUGAUCACGCUGUACGUCCAAUUUUUAUGAUCUGAUUGGUCAAAAUUUGACAGGUGAGUUUAUGCGGAAAAUUUUUGCAGCGUCUGGAAACUUGCUUACUGAUAGCUGGAGCUGAGAGAGUUUUGUGUCAUCUUGUGAUGUUUUAAACUGUCUUUUUCUACUUGGGGUACAAAAUGAAAUACAGCUGCUAUCAAGAUUGUUCUGUAAUUCGUGGCUGGCUUGUUUAUUGCGCUUUUUGUUGACAAAUGCACCGCUUGUCAAAGUCAUUGGAAAUCCGAUUUCGGAUGGCAUCGUUUUCAAAAAUGAGCUUACUCACUUGCCCUUGCUUGAGGCGUAAGAAGGUUGAAAAGUCUCAAGCGAUUCUGGAACACUUGAUGACCUUCAGAAGCAGCAUCUCGGCUGGUAAGCUUGAGCCAUUAUUGUUUUUGAUGUUGUUUUUUUUUCGGUUUCCUGAAGUCGAGCGUAUGGUUUAUGCGGCUUAAGUUAAAACACGAGCAAUGAUCUAACCUACAAUAGUAUCAGGUUUAAAAAGCCUUUAGACAUUUUUUGACCCGCAAAUUCAAAGAAAAGGUUCCGAAGAUUAUUUAGUUAUGAUUUUGGCUGUAAACAGAAAGCUCUGAGCGAUUUUCUUGCCUCGAGUUCACCGUGAAAAAGAGCGAACACCGGGAAGCCGGCUUAAAACAUAAAUAAGCUUAUGCUUGCCUGACUCAUGAUUUUCUGAGACACUUUACUCUCAAUACUUCUCUUCGUGAAUGAAAAUUAUUGUCUCUGUACAUGUUUCACCGAAUUAAACUUAUUUUAUUGAUUGUUAGUAGUCCCUCUCGCAAUUUUCAUCGCUGCACCGGUUGUUUCCAGUCGAACAUAAACAUCGCAUGUAGGAAUACUCAAAACGCCGCGCGUAAAUGUCACUCGCUUUUAAAGAUUACACAUAACAAAAUCAUACACAGUUUAAUGAAUAAAGGGAAAUAAAACCUAAACAUAACAAUUUCUCUAUCAUGUUGAAGCGUAAAUGGUAACUCUAUUAAUCGCACUGCAAAUUUGGUGCCUGUCAAAAGUGAGAACCCGUCCGGCUGGCCGAAAAGUGAUUUUGGGAAUUUUUUUAUCGUUUUCAUUAAAAGCCCAUAAUUAUUACCCCGCAUAUCACAUAGGACCAGAUUUUUCUAACAGAAAUCGUUUUAUAUUCAAUGCUAUAAUUUGUUGUGCAUAGGAAGCGCGUGCUUUGAUCGUCGUGGAUAUUGAAUGAGUGCAAAUUCUCUUGAAAAAUUGUGAAAAACUGCAGAAUUAUAGGUUUAAAUAGGGCAAAAAAGAACAAAUUCUGUCCGAGGUCUGCGUACUGUUUACCUGAGACGUGAAGAGAAAAAGUAUGUUUAAAAGGCUGGUUUACACGCCACCAGAUUCGUCGCCAAGAUUUACUAGUAAAAAAACUUGUCGAACACAAAAAAUCCUGCUUGAUUUUUAUUUUGGCCUCUCUUUUAGACAGAGGAAUGCAACGUGUAAAUUGGCUGCCACCAAGGACUAUCGUGGCGCAUGUGUUUCUUAAAAUUAUAUUUCGGGGUUGUCCAAUUAUCCAUAGUCUCUCUAAGGGAGCAAUGUUGGAGAGACUGGUGAAUGCCACAUUAUGAUGCUACAGCUAAUGCAAAUACAAUACACGAAUAGGUCUAUUUGUUUUCCAGGCCUAAUCUACUGUGAUCGAACAUGAUUGCUAUUUUUCGGUGUAAAAAUAACUUGAUGUAAAAUUUGUUUCACUCUUGGACGGUCAAAUUCUGAUUUUUCUCUAAAAUCACUCAGCCUUUGCCUCAAAAGUCAAAUGAAUGUGCCCUGAUCUGUGGAUUACAAGUUUAUUGUUUGAUUUAAAUUAUGAAUUUAUUAACGGGAGCUUCGCUUUUAGCCCUGGCUAAAUCUAUAUAUUAUCCUGCACCUUUUGGUGAGAAAACUGUAAAUGUGGUGCUUCUUUUCGCUCUCGAUCGAGCUCGUAAGAGGGCUUUGAGGUCAGAAGACUUCGUCAUUUAGGGGCAAACUCAUCUCCGGCUGGUUGGGAGAAAUUGUAUUGUGUGUGUCGUCGUAUUCAUUGCUUGCAACCACGUGACAAGGCGGCCAUGUGGGUGGUGUGUUGGUGGUCAAUACAAUAGAAUUUUUUCUCGAAGAAUUUACACGAAAAUAGUUCCCACAGGAGAGAAAUGCUUUUGUUCUGACCACCAGUAUGGGAGAUUUAGGGGAAUGGGAGUCAGUCUCCUGUUUUAACUCCUCUUCUCCCCCUCCCCCAGAAACGCCUGAUACGCAGAAUCACCUAAUACUCCGGCUAAAAGGGCAGAGACUUUUGGCCUAGCUUUCCUAAGUUUUUAGUAGAGCGUACCUUAUUACACGUGCCUUUAAGUUUCUUGGGAACAAGAUCGGUAAGACGACUUUGGAAUUGAGACCCUUUUUUUAAGAUGCUUCUCUUUUUUUUCAUAGUGAUCGCAGUGGAGAAACAGUGACUGCGAUGUUAAACACAGGUACAAAUGUAAAUGUCUCCGAUAACAAGAACAAAAGCACACCGCUUCACUUAGCUGUCAAUCAAGGUAAUGACGCUGGGGUGAGGUCACUGCUGGCGUCAAGGCAUUGCGACGUUAACUGUCAGGUGAAGAUUGUUUUUGCUAAUAAGAAGCUUUCAGCCCCCACUGAGAAUUCUUAGUGAGGGUGUGCCGCCCGGUUCUCCAAAUCCUGACCCUAUGUCAGACCAAAAAAAUAUCAUUUUCCAUACCCUUUCUGAGACCAGGCCCUAGUUGUUCAAAAGCUGGAUAACGCUAUCCAAGCAAGCAAGUGAAGUCAAGAUUAGAACGUCAAGGAAAAGAUUUCUUAAAAUCCAUUUCCAAUUCUCUUAUUAAUUCAUACACUCCCGUAGUUCCUUUGGAAACCAUACCUGAUAUCAGACAGAAAUGGACCAAGUCUACAAGCCUUUUUUAGACCGAAAGGGAGCAAAAACCCUACCCUUUAGGGCAGCACAUACCUCCAUGGCUUAUGUAAGAGAGUACCCCCCGGGGGCCUUCAGAUACACCGCCGUUUCUGGUGCACGAGUACGCUUAAAGGUGCCCGCACCCAUACACGCAAACCUCUUUUCCCAGAGAACGGCUGAGCGGCCGGGUAUAACGAGUGUAGUCCCUUUUAGCAGAAAGGGUAAUAUUAAUCCUUCGCAACCGGUGUUUGGGAUGUCACGCUUCAAAAAAUGGCGUACAUUUAAAAAUGGCUAUGACCCUCCUUAGGGGUUAAGGGAGAGGAGAUUUUAGAAUGCAAAGGGGGAACGGAGAAGGGGGCAGGAUAGAUUCCCCCUCUCCCCAGAAACGCCCCAUAUUCAGGCUAUGGCUACGAAGAAGACUGUAAAGGUCACUAGAACUGCGGGAUCAUCUGUACACUUAUUCUUCAUCUCGCAGUUCUUAUUUGUGAUAUUCAUAUAAUUGUCAAGUCUCAUAGAGUCCCUCUGAACUUAAAAUCUCUUUGUUCAAAAUGUGACUAAUUGUGAAUGUUUUAAGCCCACUAUACCCUGGGUGCCAGAGACUUCUUUUGUGCGGUUUUCGGUGUCUGUCACGUCUUUAUACUUUCCCGCUCGAUUUUCUCACGGCGUCGCCGCUCGUGGCUUGUGUCUUCGGCCAACACCGAGGAUUCCCGCCACAUGCGAGAAAAAAAAAACCCUGGUACUCAGGGUAGCCCACAUAAGCCCGCAUAGCAUUAAUGAAUUUGAAUUUAAGUAACUUUCUUGAAAUCGUUCUUUCCAGGAUUUAGCAGGGGAUACGCCGUUACACGAUGCGAUCUCCAAAGAAAAGAACGCAAUCGUGGAGCUUAUCCUUCGCUCGGAGCGCCUUGAGAUUUUUGUGUGCAAUGGCAGGGGUUUUAACCCUCUUCAUCAAGCCUGCAUGAAAGGAAACUUACAGUAAGUAAUAUUGAGGGACUCUGUCGGUCAAUAGUAAGUUCGAGACAAUCACCUUCCUCUUUAAGCUCGCGUGUUCCUUCGGUUUGUUCAACUGGAGUCCCAUACCCCAGGCAAAACUGCAAACCCUUCAAGUCUGGGUGUGUUUCUACGUAGAUAAUUUGUACCUUCAAAUUAACAUUGUUUUCAACAUUAGUUUUUUCCUAAACGAGAGUUUUUCCUUUCUGAAUACGGUUUUUACUUUGCCACUGCAUAAUGACAGGUCGCUUAUUAAUACUUUUAUCAAACCGUUUUUAGGUUUUUUCCGCGGAAAAUGAGGGUCACUUUUACUAUUUUACUAAUAACAAACAAAUAAAAAUUAAGAGAUUCUUGAAAUUUGGGGAAAAUCGUGCAACACUUUCAUAUAUUUUUGGAAAAAGCCAUUCGCUCUCCCAUCUCGCCCGGCUAACAUUUGACGUAAAGAUUAUUGGUUCAGAUGUACUUAUCUUUGCCUUCCUUUGUUAUUCUUUCCGGUGGACAGCUUAAGACGACUUUUAACUUCAAUUAUCUCCUUAUCGGUUGCAGUGCUGUACAGAAAAUCGCAGACAAGUAUCCUGGUCUUAUUGAGAUACCAAAAGAAGAUGGAUUUACCGCUUUGCAUCUAUCCGCGUUCAAUAAUCAUCUUGACAUUGCGAGGUGUCUUCUGUUGUCGGUAUGUGAGCUAAAUAUCCUUGAGGAGUUCGAUACAUGCGCCGCCAAGUGAUCAGCAAUUUUGACCAUUUAACGCAUGUCCAUGCAGAACUCUUGUUUAAAACAACUUCGACGGGAAGUCCAAAACAAUGAGAAAAAGCGAGAACCUCACUUGAGUAGGGAGGAGAAGCGUGACGUAACGUUACCAUGGUAGCAAAAUAGUUUGAAUCUCGACAAUCUUUCUUGACAGAGACCGCCCAUUGUCGAACGAUGGAAGAAAAGUAUGGGCUACCGUUUUGUGACUGAGAGCAAUCACGCACAGGAAAUUCAUACAAUACAUGUCAAUUUUUUUCGUUUUUUUUCUGACAUAUUUGCAGGACCAAAAAUUUUGCUACCAUGGCAACGUGGCGUAACGACUUUUCCUCUCUAUUGGCCCCCUUCUAACAUUGAUGCUAAUAUGUCGGUCUUAGCUUAUCCUAGUAAUCUUAGGGUCUGUUUUAAUUUUGCGUCACAAACCUCCCCAUUCAUUUUUUUAUGGUGUUUUUAUCUUUUAAUUGUAGCUUUCUUACGUCUUUCAUAUGAACCAUGGUAGCAUUGCAAUGUUUGGAUUUUCUAUCGUUCUGACGUACCAUUUUAUUAAUUAUUUAUUUUUUAACUGAAAAGCCCGACGAUGUAUUGGUGAGGUAAAGUGUAGACUAACAUUCAAUGAGUUAUAAGGGAGGGGUAUCAAUAAUAUACUUUAUAAUAUUAGGUAUAAAAUAGGUACCCUGUGUAAGUCUAUCAAGGCGUGUGGGGGUUGAGGAUUAGAUUUCCUCUGUCGCGUAAUUUUUACGUGCGUUUGCACGUACGUUUUCUGACUUGCGUAAACAAUAUAUAGGAAAUGUAUGGAAGGCCGCGCGUAAACGAAAAAGUUGCGCGAGGUUCAACUCUUAAGGUGAUGUUACACGGGACGAUUCGCAACGACGAUUUUUAGAACAACACAGCGCUGCGAUGUUGGAACAAUGUUGUAACCAUUCGAAACAAUGUCGCAACAAUGUUGCAACGCUGUGUUGCGCUAAAAAUCGUCGUUGCGAAUCGUCUCGACUAAUAUCUCCUUUUCGUUUAUGCGCAUCCUUGCAUACAGUAUAUUUCGUUUUCGCACGUAAAUUUUACGCACGCACAUAAAAAUUACGUGACAGUGGAAAUCCUCCCUGAAGGUUUGGAUUUCCGUACGUGCGCGUAAAUAAAAUAAAGAGAGUGUAUAGAAGGUCACGGGUAUACGUUAAAGUUGAACCUCCUGGCCUUUCAUACAUUGCCUCUAUUUCAUUUACGCAGGUAAAUUUUAUGUGCGAUCGCACGGUAAAAUUUCGCGACAUUGUAAAUCCACCCAGAGGGAGUAAUACUCGGCUCUUAGCGCACCUUUUUACGUGGUUGAUAAGUGGCCUCUCACGCAGUUUUGUUUGUAACCCCAGGGCCAUUGUGAUAUCAAUUUACGAAACAACAAGAGACAAACAGCCCUGGCGCUAGCUGUGUCAGAAGCUUAUACAGCUAUGAUAGAACUGCUUGUUGAACAUGGUGCAGAUGUCAAUGCUGAUGAUGAGGAUGGUGACACUCCAUUACAUCUUGCUGUUAUUCAUCAGGCUGUGGGUACCACUGGCUUGAGAGGGGUGAGUGUAGAGACGUACGGUCACGUGAUUACCAAAAUUUCUCGGAUGGGGAGAUUACUAAAUUUUCUUACCCAUUGUGCUCCGCUUCGCGCGCUUCGCGCGCGUGGAGCUCCUCUAUAAAUGAAUAUUUAUCACAAUGUGUGUGUGGUUAAAUAUUGUCAUUGACAGGUUUCCGUUAUGUCAUAUAUUGAAAUUUGUUUCAGGCCAUUUUAAUUUACGUAUGAACGUACCUUCAGUUUAAGAGAGGUAUUCUUUUUCUUUCUUUAUUUUUUCGCAUUGACUACUUCUUAAUAUCCUGAAAAGUCGUUCGUCUGCUAGGAUUAAUAAAUAUGUAUGUAUAUAACAUCAUCACGCCAUUUAUUUUAAGCAAUUGUUACUUCAUCUCUGUCACUGUGCAUGAAACAAGCAAAGGUCGUGUAACCUCCCCGAUUAGCCACUCUUGGGUCAAAAAUGAUGGCUCCCCCAUUGUCAAAGAUGGUAGCUUGUGUCGUUCCGGGCUUGUGGCUCCAAAUACCUAGCUGAUCUAGACGAUACCAGUGAAAAUCGACACCUAAAGAAGAAGGAGAAUAAUUGAGUUUCUAGGAAAAAUGUGUUUAUUGUCUUGACGACACCCUAUGUUUUAAUCGACACCGGAGUGUCGUGUUAAGUUUCUCAGAAAAUGCUCGACUUAUGAAUUGUUUUUACAAACUCAUUGGGGGGUCCUUCUUUGAGAAGAGAAAUAUUCGGUGCGGUUGCCCGUAAGGGUUAUACAUGGUAUGAUAUCUCGACUUAUACCAUUACGGGCCACCGUAGAAAUGUAUGUUCGAAAGCAAGUGAUUUUUUUUUUCAAGGAAGAGAAUUAUUUAAAUCGCGCAAAACUGAUUCGAAGAUCGCGUAGUCCAUAUACAGUCGCCUCUCAGCUCAAACAAAAUCGCCUCUAUUUUGUUUGAGGGGAGGGUGAUCUGAGACGCUGUACACAGGCUAAAAUCGCUUUUUUUCUCUUUUUCGCUUUUUAAUUUUACAAUGCGCAGGUAUUUAUAGCAGCCAUGGCAUCUUUAAGUUUCUGCCAUUGUUUCAUACCAAAGUGCGUUGAACCUUGACAACAGUACCAGACAGUAUAGUAGGGUUCCAUGUAUACCUUCUUAGGGCUUCGUUAUGCGUUUCCGCCGUGUUCAAAGGGUUUAUAUGAGCGUCUGCUACAUUUUAUACCCUAUGUACGAGAAAGUAAUUCUAAUUUUUUUUACCUGGGUUAAUGACAAGUGCCACUAGAUGUUUUUUCCCACUCGGAACCGGCGGCAGAGGUGCGGCGGGGGGCAGAUCCAAAGUUUCCAAAUGAUCGUUUAUCGCUGCAUUUCUCAUACAGUCAGGGAGAUGAUACUGGCACCUGGCCCCACUCCCCCUCCCCGGCUGGGCGAAGGUAUAAGUGGCUUUGUUAUUUGCAUAGUUGUAGCAGUUGUUGUUUAACUGUGCGGCAGGGAUGUCGUUCCAAGGAUAGGAUGUAAUCUCAUAAGCGUAACGUUUUCGUCUACCGGUAACUGAAAUCGGUUUCUUUGGGGGUAUUGUAUGGCUUUUUGCCCCAGUAGUUUCAGUGGUUCUGGUAGAUUUUGUUGAAGUAGUUGUUUUGGUUGUUUGGCAGGGCUUACUGCGCUGAUUACUCCGGGGCUUAUUUCCUCCUUUAGAACUUUGUUAAAGUAUGCUUGCAACAUCUUUUCCUUCAACCAGUCUGAAAGAAAACGGAGAAACCGUUUAGAGUAGUGUCGGCGGAAAACUUCAAAGAAAAUACAAAAUUUGAUUCACUAAAAUGCUGAAGAAAUAAAGUUAUACUUCUUAAGAUUUUCAUUUGAAAGGUAAUACGUAAGGAUUUUCAACGUUUUUGUACAUUAUAAUGAACAGCAUCUCAGGAAAGAAAGUUUAGUCCUAUCAGUUCUAAGCCGGAUCCACGCCAUGAACGUUGUCAGAACUUCAUCAUUCACGGUCUCAAACAUUUCUGCGGUAGAAUUGUUCCCAGAAUCUGACCAGAAUGAACUUCUUUCUCCAUAGUCUAGACACAUUGUUUGAUAUAUUUUAUUCUUUAACACUUACAGAUAGAUUCGGGUUGAAAAUACUGUAACGAUAAAUACUAAUGAUUAAUUAUUAACGUCGUGUACGAAACGUUAUAUAGCAUUUUUCGAAAACAGACCCCUGGCUCCCGCCCUCUCACUUAAAAGUUCGCGCAGACUCAAGCUAAGUUACCCUACCUGCAGGAAGAGUCCCAAAUAAAUGCUGUUGUAAAGCAAGUGUGCUCUUUCCAAUAAUUAGUUCAGGUUCCUUCUGUUUUAAUCCUUGAACUAAAAAUCCUUUGAACCCAAGUCUUGCGGGCAUCAUGUUUGGUGAGUAGGUUAAAUAGCUUUUCCUUGCUUCAUCGAGAAGCUUUUUAAUUUGCGCAAACUUUGAAUUGCUGGGUAGGAGAAACCACUGCGGAUCCCGUCUACCGGAGAACACAGCCAAAGUCACAUUUAUUUGUCCUAAAAGAACAAUAACAGCUGUUAGGUUAUGUUCACACUGUGCGGGUUAGCUUUUGCAAAGGUACGAGAACUAUACCAGAUAGGGCUUCUUUUCACUCAUGAAAAGGAUGAUUUCUGCGCGAUUUCUAUAACGGGCCGCGUCGAUGCAGUUGUCUGUUUCGUAAACGGUCGCUGCCAUUUUUAAGACACUUAGAAAAUUUUUGACCUGUAAUUGAAAGUUUUUCUAUUAAAAAAUAAGAAAAUCGCAAGCCAGGGUGGAACCUGGAUCUCGAACCCGGACCUUUCAUAUCCUAAUCUCUCUCCCUUACCACUGCACUACCACACACCUACAGACCCGCCAAAAUUCCGAAAGCAAAAGCGGAGAGUCACAUAUCGGACAGGUGUUCAUACUUUACCGAUUAGCUCUUCGUGUCGGCGCGAAAUGACAUCCGGUAUAGUGCGAACAUGGCCUAAAUUUGCAGAAGGCGCUCAAUGAGAACUUACAGAAGAACUUGUGUAAAACUUCUUUUAUUAGAGAACCGGUAAUUACUCGAUGGGUUGUCAUCACAAGGUGGUAGACUGCGUGGAAGUUGUUUGAAGGGGAAAGGGAAGCGAAUUUGGACUUGUGCGCCCCCCAAGUCCCCCUGAUGACCUUAGAAAUGACAUCAUAAUGUUUAAAACUUACUUUAAAAGGCAUAUUCGAAUCGUAAUUUCUGUAGGUAUUUUCUUGUUUUCUUUUUCAUUACGUUUAAAUCUUUUAUCUGAAUUUAAAGCCCCUCGAAUGUUAAUGCAUGGUAGUUACCGACAACCUGUUUUAUGUUAUCUUAAGCGACCUUUGUAAUCGUUUUGUCGGUGUUACGAAAAAAGCCCCUCAAAACAAUGGUAAAAGCAAGAAAAAGCGCGCUGAAUUUUGAUGCGUACUACUUUGAGCGCGCGUUAGCCUUCGUCAGCAUUCACCAUUGGGUAAAUAGUAAACGGGCAGUUGGCCAAUCAGUUGUUAUAAGCAAAGUUAGUUUGAACGAAAAUAAAGGAACGAACAAACCUGAUAUUCCAUUGAAAAGGUGGACAAUUAGAAAGAUGGUCACUAUUUUUAAUCUUGCCAACAUGCCGGGCUGAUAUAGCCUUGCUGUAGGAAAAAAAAGCGCACAUUUGAGAUGGUUCUUAUCGUUUUUAUUUUCUUCGGCCUUUCAUAGGGUUUGUUUCGCGGCUGUCUAGUUCACUUUGUUAAUACUACAGACCUUUAGAUUCUUAGACGAUUCUAAAUACUGAGUAUUGCUUGCGCGUGAAACAUGCGUCAUUUUGGCGGGAAAAAGUGAUAGCCGUCGUCAUUCUACUACGAGUUUUAGCCGGAAUGUCAUAGAGGCGGAAAAGAGUUAUCAGAUAUGAGCUAUCGGGAAAGGGCUUAACAUCCUUCAAUAAAGAUAACUUUUCUGGUGAAUCGAAAGUACAGUGAAGCUUUCCAGGGUAUCUAUUAUUUGAGAAUGUGCGAAAAAAACUUUAUUUUAAGACAAAUUUCUUACUCGUAGUCGUUCCCGUCCUCGAAUCUAAAGCUCUCUAAUGCCAACUAGCCUUCCUUGUACGCUAUGGAAGUUGAGAAAUUACUUGUGAAUGGACGACAAAACCGCAGCUUCGUGUCAAACAAAUAUAUCUUCCAAGCAUUUUAUCAAACCACGAGAAACGUUCGAACGACAAAACGGAACUGUGAAAAACUUUUAGGCUGACAAAAUGUUUUCAAAAACCACUACUGUAAUCCGGCUUCUCAAUUUUCUUCAAGUUUGUCCACCCGUGCCAGCUUUUGCAUUUGCUGCGUUAUUUAUGAUUCCUUUUCGUAAUGUUUUAAGCGGUUAUUUUUAUGUUUCACUCCAUUUGCUGGCAGUUCUCGCCGUUUGAAUUUUGAUAAAUUUCGUAACACAGCUCCUUUAAUACGUUACGUUUUCACCUACCGUUCUAUUGUAGUCUAUUGAAUGUUUUGUUUAGUGUUUUGCUAUCUUCUAAUCGAGCGUCAUCCCAGUCUGUGUUGAAAGCACUGAAGGUUUGAUUCAUGUUAUGUCUCUUACUAAUGACCUCGAUAGAGGCCUAGUCAUCUAUUGACGUGUCUUAUUAAUAAAUGAUGGUCACGAACUGACUUUCGCUGUGUAAAUUAAGGGAAAUCAAAGCAAACAAGUCUUUGAGGAAAUCAAAUCAUUUCUCUCGGUGGUGUGCCGAUAAUUGAUUAUAGUCGAGGCGUAAUUGAUCAUCGAAAAUGUUCAAUCGAUUAUCGCGGAAAAAAUAUAAUUUCUUGUUGGCAAAUUAACGUAUUAAAACUCUUUUUUCCCCUUUUGUGGUCUCCUGAUAAAAGAAGAAAGAGAAUUUCAGUAAUCAUCCGAAAGCACGGAAAAAAUUCUGAGCUCAGUGGUCCACAGUCAAAAAACUCAAAAAGUUUGUAUUACAUGUACUUUGAGUUACACAAAGGUAAAAAUAAAUUGAAUUCUUUUAAACAUAAUAGAUGAUUGAUCGGGUGGGUCAAUCUGAUUAUUUCCGAUGAUCGAUUGUGAAAUCUUAGCCGACUCCCAACACUUCUAGUUAAUGUCUGUUGUCUUUCGUUUUUCGAAUGAGGAGGAAUAUAAUUCGUGACGGCCGGAGAGGCCGGAACGUUUAUAUGUAGUUGCUGGUACCAACUAAUGGAAGCCUUUCUUCAGUGUGUCUGUUGGUCACGCUGCAUUAAAAUGAAUGAUUAUUAUUUACAAAGAAGGUUGUUAACAAAUUUCACAACUAAAAUGUUUUGUCAUGUUUGCACAAAAAUAUUUUGCUGGUACCUGAAGGUGUUAACGAGAGAAACACAUCUUUGAGGAAAAGGGAAACAUCUUAAUAUACCGGGUACCCGUUUUGUGCUUUGUUUAGUCCUUAAUGCUUCAUUAGUGUUACAAGAAUAGAAGGAUCUUGUGAAAUGUUUUUCUAUAAAUGGGUUUCCAUAAAUUUCAUUUUUUAUUCUUCGGCUUGACUACGAUUCUAGUUUUUAAGUCUAAUUUCGAUAACGCGUACGAUUUGUUAUUUUAUUUUAUUCACACCAAAUCCAAGAAAUAAACGAAUUGUUUUUAAAUUGAUAGCUGAGUUCUAACCUAAACCCAUGUACCUAAUACUUAAGAAAUUAGCGAAAAACCGAAUAAAGUUCCAACUUUCCCAUGCAGUUCCUCUUUAACUAGCACUGAAAAAAGACGACGUUUCUUGAAAAACGGCGUCAGUGAACGUUGUAAGUAAAUUAGCCAGCGAUCACUGAAACACCGACUCCAUUCGAAGUAUUCUGUAAGUGAACGAUAAUACAGGUGUACAUUAAUUGAAAGAAAUAAGUUAAACAAUGCAGUGUUUCACUAAGGGUGAAGAAGCCCCAUGGUUCCCCUGCGUUUAAGGUCUCAACGCAGUCUAGUCUGCCAAUGAACGUUCAGUGUUUCCAUAUAGAUUUAACCCUGAAAACGCGCCUCGUAAUUGGAUUCAUAUUUAUUCUCGGCAAGACGUAGGAUGUAAGCAGUUAACAUCCGUUUCUUGUCGUAUUAAUUAUGGAUAAACAUGAUGUCCCGCCACAUUGAUUUAUUUUAUAGUGAAAAAAUUCUAUUGGAAUUCCAACUAAGUGCUAAUCACCAACUGUGAGACUUAAUUUAACAAAGUAGUAUUCUAAAUCUUGUCUGUGAAAAUCACCCAAUACGCUUGAAAAUGACCGGCAUUGAAAAUUGGAUUCAAAUGUCUCCUAUUUUAACAAGUUUGACACUUAAUGGCUAUUAUUCUUGAUAAUGAUACUAGAAACGUCGAAAGGUCGAAUAACGUUACUUUCAAUUUUUCUCGAAAUUUGUCUACAUCAUUAUUUUAGUGUCACGAUGACAACGACUAGGUCACCAAUAAAUGUGUUGCCCCUAUAGAUUGAUUUAUUUUUCUGACUGUUAUUUUUUUUUUGUAUUCUUUCUCACCGAUUCAGCUGUUGCAAGGUUUAGGACUUAAUCUCCCAGCGGGGGCUGAGACAGAUCAGCACACGGGCUCAGCUAUAGCACUUUAUUUGGUUCUUCAUGGCGCCAACGUCAGCUUUUACAACCACGAAGGAAAAACUCCAUUGGACCUUUGUCAAGAUACCCAGACUGCUGCCUUGAUUCAGCAAUUUGCAAGAAAUGCACCGAGGUGGGUGACCUGCGAAGCAGGCUCUUGUAAGCAGUAGGGCUCAGAAAAGAACGGGGCGCGCGAGGGGGACACUUGAUGAGAGAGGUCCUUUCGCGAGCCCCGUUCAUUGUUGCUCUCAUAUUACUUACAAGCGCAGGAUACGAAGUGGGUAAAUUCGCAUCUACUUUAUGUCACUUCACUAGCUCGAUCAUCUCUCAUACCGGGUGGGGCUUCUGUUGACAAGAACGGUGAUUUCGGUACAAUUUCUGUAACGGAGCGAAGCUGCGACGCGUCGGUCUCGCAAACUAAACAUCACAUGGUCGGAUAGGUUUCUGUCACUCUUCGUCGGAGUGUGAACAGGCAAUCGGACCGUAGCUGAAGUAAGUAAGUAGGAGCGAGAACUGGAACCCACUAAAUAAAACCGAAGUAAAUGUUGAGAAGUGAGGAUUGAGAUUUAGUGUAAGUACCAAUUCCUCUCGGUCGCUUUGGUACGAUGUUCGAUGGGUGUGAUCGGAGCGAAGCUGCGACGCGUCGGUCUCGCAAACUAAACAUCACAUGGUCGGAUAGGUUUCUGUCACUCUUCGUCGGAGUGUGAACAGGUAAUCGGGCCGUAGCGGAAGUAAGUAAGUAGGAGCGAGAACUGGAACCCACUAAAACCGAAGUAAAUGUUGAGAAGUGAGGAUUGAGAUUUAGUGUAAGUACCAAUUCCUCUCGGCCGCUUUGGUACGAUGUUCGAUGGGUGUGAUCGUUUUAUUCCUCUUCUCUGCCGUUGCUGUUCAUACUGUAUCGGAUAGCUUUCAUGUCGGCAUAAAAAGUAGCCUGCGCGCAGACGAAAUUAAACUCUGGUUAACUCCGUCUGCGAAACAGCGCCGAAAUCCUUGUUCUGGACUUCCAGCUGUGUACCCAGAUUUGAGUACGCGCCACGAUUGGCCAGUUAAAAAAGGCUUUGUUUUGUUUGUCGUGAUCGCCAAUCAGGUUGAAGGGGAAUUCGAAACGCACUUCCGGUAAUUCGGUGAGUCCGUUGGGGGCCCAGAACAAGGAUCUCUGCGCUGCUUCGCAGACGGUACUAAUCAGAGUUUAGUUAUCGUCUGUUCGCAGGCUACAUAAAAAGCUAUUUAGUAUAGAGUCGAACCUUGCACUAACGGCCACCUCUCUACAACAGCCAUCUCUCUAAAACGGCCAUUUUUUGGCGGACAGUUCAUACAUUCACUCUUGUUUCAACCUCGCUACAAUGGCCACUUUCUUCUGUCCCUAAGGUCACCGUUGUAGAGAGGUUCAACUGUUGUGUAGAACAACAGACCCCUUUAUCCUCUCUUGAUUAGAAGAAGCCGUAGAUGAUGAAGAGCAACUAUAUAAAAUCGAAUGACGUCUCGUUCCCUCGUCUUUUGAUUUUUUGGGGGUAAAUUUUAACUCAACAUACAAGCGUCAAAAAUGAUCAUGUGAAAAAAAAAAAAGAAAAUUGAAAGAAAACUGUGUCACUGAAAACGUGAUAUUAUCAUUCAUCAUUUAUUAUCAUAUCAAAUCAUUCAGCUUUAUUUGUUCUCUGAUUGUCCUUUUGUUCUUAACUUGGACAAUAUUUUUGCUGUGCUUUUAGACAACAGACUUUUUCCACGCGUCAAUCUACGUUCACUCAACCUCGUCCCCAAACUGUGCUUUCAAGCUCCCUGCCACGGCCUCCUAUGACACGGUCGACUGUUCCUUCUUCUUCAAUGCCGCCGCGACCAUCAACGGCUCGGUCAGCGGUAAGCUUUUUUGUUUCCAAUUCUUUAUUAGUAGCGCUGAGAGGCGCUGAGAAAGAUUGUGUGGUGCGCGUGGCCAACUGAAAAUACGAUCGAGUUGUUUCCCAGAAAGAGGUAGGUAGGUUGGUAGGUCGGUAUGUUGGCAGGUGGGUAGGUAUGUUGGUAGGUAGGUAAGUAGGUAGGUAGGUAGGGUAGGGUAGGUAGGUAAAUAGGUAUGUUGGUAGGUAGGUAAGUAGGUAGGUAAGUUGGUAAGUGGUUGGUAGGUAGGUAGGUAGGUAAGUAGGUAGGUAGGUAGGUAGGUAGGUGGGUUGGUGGUAUUCAUAACAGCGUUAUCAGGGAACGGGAACGGCAAGGCUAUUAGUUCCAACUUGUUUUUCCUACUUCCAAGUAACUGGACGACUUGCAUUGUUUCCGAAAGAGUUUGAAUGGACGCCAAGUCAAUAAUUCAGCGACGUGUUCAUUGCUUAAUUUAUCAUGUUAUGCUGUUACAUAAGGCAAGGGUUCUCUCAUUUUGUCUCUAGCCGACUUAUAUAAAUUGUAACUAAGCAGCUGUCAACUCGCUAGUACUCGGUGUCAGUUCGACGUUGCAGCUGCGUUGUCAAGGUUGCUUGUGGGAUCUUACUGAAGACGCAAUCUGCGGUCAAAACGUUAAUCACAAUAGACCGUGGCGUGUAGGCCCGUCUUUUGUAAGGCGCUAUACUCGUGCGAAUGAGAUUAAGAGGUCUUACAACUAAGCGACCUUUUUGUCGAUUGCUACCAGGAGAAACGCGAGUAUUGUCAGCCCGUCUUCUCCCGGAGCCAAUCACGUAGACAUGAGAUGGGAUUCUAACUUUUUAGUAUCAUACCUUUAAUUUUGGCGUAGGUCGCCUUUAAGUGCCGCAGUGUUACGUAUAGGAAAUAUACCUGUCUUCUUGAAGGUUUACCUCUACAAAGACCGUUUUGACGUGUUUUUCCUUACAAAUUUACAGUCAGGCGCUGCAGUGCAGCGUCAGAAAAAGACCCAGGAUACAGUCAAUCGAGCUGAGUCUGCAGGAACCGACUGCAUUAUCUGUUCAGAAAACGUAGCUACUGUUACAUUCAAUCCGUGUGGUCAUAAAGUCACGUGUUCAGGUAAAACUGCACAGAAUCGUAAGAAGAAGCCUUCCGCUCUGCGGAAACACAAACUAUAAUACUCUUAAAUGACCACGUUUAACCUCGUUUUGAAGAGAAUCCUAGGGCCUGUUUACAGAAGGUGAGACAGCCCGGUUAGCCAUGCUGGCUCGGCUCAUGCAUGCCUUGCGUCUUCUUAAUAUUGCCGUUCUGUUUAUAUGAGAAGGCGGGCUUGCUUGCGGAGAUCCCAGUUAUUCGAGCCGGAUCUCGGCAAGCGGGCCAGCUCGCCUUCUUAUAUAAACAAAACGAAAAUUUUUAGAGGAAACAAGGCAUGAGCCAACCCGGGCUUUCACGAACUCAGAAUUCCGUGACGCCGUUCAAGCCUCAGUCGAGACUAAUUUUGUUUAAGAGUAUUAUGGUAUUGUUUGAAAAGGCCUAUCCGUCUUUUUCCGGUUUCGUGGUUGGUGGUUGCUUGCAACAUUCUCUAGCUAUUGUUAUUUCAGCUGUGUAAUCAAGAUACCAGUGUACAUACACGCCUACAGCAACAUUUUAUGUCCCUGGGUAUGCCUAACGAAAGAGCUUUACGGCGCGACUGACCUUCGAUCCACUAACUCCCUUUUGUAUUUGCUGUGUAAAUUCAUACUUUUUUCAUGUUUUUAGUGAUUUCAUUCAUCAAAUCAGCUCCUUUUACCUCAAUUCACUUGAGCGUUUUCUUUUACAGUUUGUUCCAUGAAACUGAAGCGCUGUAUAACAUGUAAAGCACCAAUUCAACAAAAAACAUCACCAGGUAAGUACCCUUUCACUCAUACCAGUGGUCAAUAAUGAUAAUUAUUAUUUAUUCAAACAUUUUCGCCGUUUCUGGUUGGCUAAAAUCCUCCAGUUAUCAGUUAUCAUCAAUUUCAUUAAAUAACUUUGAAUCAAGCAGUUCUUGGUGUCUCAUUAAUUGUUUAGAGUCGCUUUUCUUUUGAGAACAAAAAAAAUUUUCCAUUGAUGUUCUUGUUAAUCAAUUUCAAAAUAACUGAGAAGCAGUUAACAAAUUAUUGAGAACAAAAUUUCAUUGAUAUUCUUCUUUGAGGUGCGUCCGUUCUCUUCUCUUCGAGCUACAUACGGUAAUUCGUGUUACACUUAUAAGUUUAAUAUUCCUCUCUCCUUCCAAAAUAAAUAUAUUGGUAAAAUAUAAAAUGUAGAAUCGUGACUAUGCAAAAGUUCCUUCAAAUGAGGGUUUGUUUGAAUGGUCACACCAUUUUGGUGGUAUUUCAUCCACAGACUCAAAAGUUAGAACAACAUACUAAAUAAAUAGCAUCUUGUGAAAGUACUGCUGAAGAGGUUUGAUUUGAUUGGUAGAGGCACCAUAGGAUUUCAUCCACAGACUCAAAAAGUUAGAACUACAUACUAAAUAAAUAGUACCAUGUGAAAGUACUGCUGAAGAUGUUUUUAUUUGAAUGGUCACACCACACUCAAAAAGGAACUCAUCCACAGACUCAAAACACCAAGGUACUACAUACUAAAUAAAUAAAUAGUACCAUGUAAAAGUACUGCUGAAGAGGUUUCAUUAGAAUGGUUUCAGCAUAGGAUUUCAUCCACAGACUCAAAAUUUAGAACUACAUACUAAACAAGAACGCUCUUAGUAGCGUUGAGUCUCGCUUGCUUGGAGAUGAGUUAUAAUGUCAAAGGCCCCGGUGCCGUUAUACUACUUUUUCGUUUGGAAUACAAAACGAGUGUUGUAUGUCAUAAUGUAUAUACUCAAAAAGUAAAAAUUGCAAGGAGAGACAGACUGCACAUCUUAGCCUCAAACCGGUUCGAAACCUUUGAAAACCUACUCUUUCAGGGAUGCUACACUCGAAAAAUUGAACGAUGAUUUUUAUCGGUAUCAGGGGCCUAUGACUCUGUCAGUAUAAAUAUACGUAGGUACCGGACCAAGAUACGGCUCGGUACAGUAUAUGUUCAGGACAGGAAAAAAAAGUGUAAGUUGGACAGAACGUUAUACAACACACAGUAAAUCCAGUUCGCGCGUAUUCCUGCUGAAUUUGUUGUCCGUUUUAUAAGAUAUCAAUAUCGCAUGAAAGUAAUGACAUUUUCCAUAGCUGCUUAGUAUCUACUUUUAAUAUCUCCGUACAGUCUCAGAGUACAAUGUUUAGAUUAGACAGAUGCAUUUAGAUAGAUAGAUAGAUAGAUAGAUAGAUAGAUAGGGUAGGGUAGGGUAGGGUAGGGUAGGGUAGGGUAGGGUAGGGUAGGGUAGGGUAGGGUAGGGUAGGGUAGUAGGUAGGUAGGUAGGUAGGUAGGUAGGUACCCGUGACACGUUAGGGUGGAUUUCCACUGAUGCGUUUUUGGCUCCGCACGUUAAUGCACGUAAAUUUUAAUCACGUAAAUCAAAUAGAGGUAAGACAUAAAGUAUUGAGAUUAAACGUCAAAUUAAGCGAGUUUCUACUUUUACGCUUACAUAAUUGUACGUGCAGCCUUUCAUACAUUGCCUUUAUUAUAUUUGCGAACGCAAAUUUUACGCACGUGCGCACGUAAAAAUUACGUGCCAGUGGAUACUUCAUAUCUCAAGUAUUUAUGAAGUGCAACACGACUUCACAUCGUAACAACUGCGAAAAUCUAUCAAUUAAAUACAUAAAACAGAGUGAAACUAUUUAACCGUACAUUUCCUGUAAUUGCGACAAUAUUCUGAGAAACGUAACGCCUUAAAAAGCCACAAAAUCCUGAGGAUUUCCCCGCUAUAAUGUUGUCUCAUCCUGCUUGAGGAUGUGCCUGCAUGUCGUGCAUAAUUACACGAAAAUCAAGGGCCUCCAUUCGAGGAAAAUUACGUCAUUGCCAAACUUACAUGCGUCAUUUCAGUCAUCGCCGAAAUAAACUGCAUUCUCAUCAGGAGACUCAUUUCCAUACAAUGAAAGUCGUCACGAUUCUUAUCCCCAGUUUCCACGGUCUUCGCUAGGAACGCGGGGCCUACAAACUAGGUCCCACCGACGGAAAAAAAAACGUUCGCAUUUUAAGAGUCUCGCUUUUCUAAAGCAAGCGAGACUAAUAAAUAGUAUCAUGUGAAAGUACUGCUGAAGAGGCUUCAUUUGAAUGGUCACACCAUAGGAUUUCAUCCACAGACUCAAAAGUUAGAACUACAUACUGAAUAAAUAGUACCAUAUGAAAGAACUGCUGAAGAGGCUUCAUUUGAAUGGUCACACCAAAGGAUUUCAUCCACAGAUUCAAAAGUUAGUACUACAUACUAAAUAAACAGUACUAUGUGAAAGUACUGCUGAAGAGGCUUCAUUUGAACGUUUACAACAAUUACCAAACCAGUUAUUAAGUACCUUGAUUUUGAGAUGAUGUAAACUCCUUGCAGUCCGACUUUUCUUUUCAAAUCCGUCUAGUGAACAUUGCAAAGAAAAAUAAUAGACUGCUCGGAGUCUAGAGAUGAUUAGCUUGAUUCAUUAUUUUUCAGAGGGUGCCCCGGUCAGCACUUCAACCUUAAUGGACGACACAGACUACGCCGAACGAAUACGCGUUCUAGAAUCUCAAUUGCAAGCCAGGGAAGAUGCUAUUCUGUGUCAAAUCUGCAUGGAAAGAGACAAAAAUGUGGUGUUUUUCUGUGGUCACAGUGCUUGCAAGGAAUGUUCAGAAAGACUCGAACAUUGUCAUGUUUGCAGGCAAACGAUACAGAACAGAAUACGCUUCUACAAUUGAUCUUUUUAAGUGCUGUACUUAUAUAGAGCUUGGCUAGUUUGAAGAUACAGAUAAAAAAUCUCAUCGCACGCUCCCUAUUAAUGUCUUUUGCGGGAAAUGUCGAUU